AUGCUUUCACGUCGAGUUGCGCAGGCUCCGGCCCUGCGAUCGUUGGCUUCGCGACGAGCACUUCCCAUUACACAAUGCCGAACUUUCCUCCCCAACUCUCUGAACGACAAGGCUGUGUACGAGGAGAAGUACCCCGAGCCACCCAAGUUGACCGAUGCCGAGGAUCCCAACCAGAACGGUGGCUACAUCAACCCUGCCCGCGUGAAGCGACAGUUCCGUGACCCCCACGGCGACUGGUGGGACAAGCAGGAGCGCAGAAACUUUGGCGAGCCGGUGCACGAGGAUCACGAUAUGCUGGGAAUGUUCACCCCAUACGAGUACACCUGGAUCUCUCCCGCCAAGGGCGCCGCCCAAAUUGGUGCUUUCAUUCUCACAGUCUUUGGCCUCUGCUGGGCGGUCGGUCAGGUGUAUCCCGACAAGCAAUCGUUCCCGAGAGAGUUCGAGGGAGGUCUUGAGAGAGAGCUGGGUGGACCGGGUGCCAUGAGGGCAAGAUCCCCCGAGGACCCCGAGCCAUACCAGACUGAGGAGUCCGAGGCAUAG